AUGACCACAGCACGCGAUACAUCCGCAUGUCCAGUUCUCACUGGACCCAACAAUUUUCAGAUAUGGAAACUCCGGAUCAUCUCAAAGCUAUGUCGGGAAAAUGUUCUCCAGGUUGUUACUGGAGAGGAGCUUAAGCCCUCACCAGGAAAACCUACCUCCUCGGAGGAUCCUGAGAUCACCUGGAUACUUAAGGAUGAGAAGGCACAUGGAAUCAUCCAGGACCACAUCUCUGAUGCCCUCCUAAUGAGGACUGGAGACCUCACCAGCUCCAAGGAGUUAUUUGAUAAACUUGUCUCACUCCAUCAAACAUCCAAUAUUGCCUCGGCCUUCUAUUCAUUCCAACAACUCACCAAAUUGUCCUUGGAUGGGACAUUACCUAUCCAGGACCACAUUGCAAAAAUCCGGACAAUUGAUUCACACCUCUCCGAUGUCAUGCACCAAAAUUGA